GCGGCGCGGCCCGGCGGCCCCGGUCAUGGCUCGGCGCGGCCGGGACCGCAGUGACGGCGCGGGCCGCCCCGAGCUCCGCCCCUGCGCCGCGGCGGGGUCGCCGCGCGGCACCGUGAGCCGCGCGUUCGCUGCCUGAGGGAGUCGCCGCCGCCGCCGCCUGCGGCCCGCGCCCAGCCCUGCCCCAUGGCUUCCCCGGCGGCGGCGGGGCCCGGUGCCGCGCUGCCCCCGGGCGCGGCGCGCCGCGACUUCUACUGGCUGCGCUCCUUCAUCGCCGGAGGUGUUGCAGGAUGUUGUGCCAAAACAACUACUGCACCACUGGAUCGAGUAAAGAUUUUGCUGCAAGCUCAUAACCACCAUUACAAACAUCUAGGAGUGUUUUCUACACUGUGUGCUGUCCCCAAAAAGGAAGGUUACCUUGGGCUGUAUAAAGGAAAUGGGGCAAUGAUGAUUAGAAUCUUUCCAUAUGGCGCAAUUCAGUUUAUGGCAUUUGACCAAUAUAAAAAGGUAAUAAAGAAGCAACUUGGGAUUUCAGGGCAUGUGCAUCGAUUAAUGGCUGGAUCCAUGGCAGAUGUUUUUUAUUUUUAUUUUCAAAGAAAGAAAAUUACUAAGAAUGGAGGAAUAGCAGGGAAGUUGGGAAACAGAGGUAUUACAGCAGUGAUUUGUACUUACCCUCUUGAUAUGGUUAGAGUUCGUCUGGCGUUCCAAGUAAAAGGGGAACACAAGUACAUGGGAAUUAUCCAUGCAUUCAAGAUGAUUUACACAAAGGAAGGUGGUUUUAGUGGGUUCUACAGAGGGCUGAUGCCAACUGUUGUAGGAAUGGCGCCAUAUGCGGGUUUUUCAUUUUUUACCUUUGGUACCUUAAAGAGCAUUGGACUUGCUCAAGCACCUAACUUGCUUGGACGGCCUUCAUUAGAUAAUCCUGAUGUCUUAGUUUUGAAAACACAUGUAAAUCUGCUGUGUGGUGGCAUAGCUGGAGCAAUAGCUCAGACGAUAUCAUAUCCCCUUGAUGUAACUCGUAGGCGAAUGCAGUUAGGAGCGGUUCUCCCAGAUUCUGAAAAGUGCCUUACAAUGGUGCAGACCCUGAAAUACGUGUAUCAACAACAUGGAAUACGAAGAGGAUUAUACCGUGGUUUAUCGCUAAAUUAUAUUCGUUGUAUUCCUUCCCAGGCCGUGGCUUUUACCACAUAUGAACUUAUGAAACAACUCUUGCACCUCAACUAAUUUUCUUUUCUUGAAGACUUUUUCCUGUAAAACUAUACUAUCAGUCCUGAAAUUAUAUUGGUGAGUAAAUUACUUGAAGUUUAAAAAAAAAAGCUAUCUGUUACUGUGGAACUGCUGUUGUCUGACAUUUUUAUUUGCCAAAAUGUCAUUAAUUUCCUGGAGUCAAACCAGGAGACAGAUCAAAAUAAACAUUAGUUUAGCUAUAAACAUUUUUUUUGCACUUGAUCUUCUAGGCUUCAUUAGAUUAAUGUUAAGAAUUACACAGUUUUAAAAUGACACCCACAUUUUAUACGGGUUUCAAGCUGUUAGUUAUUUAGCUUUAGCACCAUUCCAGGAGUUGCACACAUGGUUAUUUUGCUUUUUAAGCUAGUAGUUAGACAUCUGUUCUUCUUUAAAAAUUAAAUUGAAUAAACUGAGCAAAAUGCAAUGAUUUUCUUAUUCAAAUACUUGCCAGCUCUGUAGAAGCUGAACUCAGCAGACCAAAACGUAAGCAUCUUUUCAUUCUUGUACAAGUUUUCUGUACGCAAGAACAAUGCAUAUAUCUUCAUAUUGGUACACAUGAAAGUCUCUUCAGCCAUUUCAAUAAAAAAUGACAAUAUGUAUUUAACAUUAUGAGAAAUGUUGCAAUUUGGAAACCAGUUUCUUGGCAUACAUUCUAUUCUAAAAAAUGCUGUAUCUACACAAAUAAAACCAGGGGGAACUUUUACAGUGACAAGUGCUAGAAAAGAUCUCGUUAAUGCAGUUAGCAUGGGCCUAAUCUUACAAGGCAUUUCUGCACCUUUUCUGUGGAGCUGAAUGUUCUCAAUUCAGUUUAUUGAAGGCUUGAGUAUUUUAUGUACUUUCCAGUUCUAGCUUGUGUAAACAGGUUUGUCCCUACCUUAAAAUGUGGUGACAAACGAGACUGCAUGCUGCUGCAUUUACUUAUUUAGGCAUAUGGACCAUAUUCAACCUCUUGCGCGAGAAAAGAAAAUGAAGAUUGUGUUGGAGUCUGUAGAUGUGUAUAUGUACUGUUUCUAAAGUAUGGUAUGCAAUAGACUAUUUCAUGUUUUCAUCCUCCUACAAUUCGUUUUGUAGAGGGAAUUAUUUUCCAGACUUGUUUAUACCUGAUUUGCAUUGGUAGUCUUGAUUUUACUCACUUGAUUCAGGAAACUGUAAAGCAUUUACUUUAAGUGAUAUAAGUUAUUUAUUUAUUGUAAAUAUUUUAGCAGUGUCUUUUAAGAAUUGGUAAUGGUUAUGUUAAGUGGUGGAUGGUAAGAUUGAUUUGCUUAAUUUUGACAAAUUUGACAAACUGGAUUUUGAGUAUAUAUUCAACACCAACUUUUGUGGCUUAAUUUUUUUUUCUCCACAAUUUCUUAAAAGUAUGUAUUUCUUUGAUAUUAAACAAUGUAGCUAUGGACAGAGAAUGAGAUGUAUUCAAAUUUAUUUUAUUAAAAAUUUUGAACUAA